AUCAGUCCUUACUCACCAAUGUAAGGUUAUAUGAAUCCAACACUCGAAAAUUUAUACCCAUGGGAAAUCUUUGAAUACCUUCAAGUUACUUACACUGAUAAGACAUUCAAACCUUUGAAAUAGUUUUAGUAUUACUCUGGCUGCACAUCACAUACCAAAUACCUCGCCAUCAUCUAAUUAGCCCUCGCCUUGAGAGAUCAUCUUAGACCCUUUUUCUUCUUCACAUUACCUAGUAAAUGUUUCCAACAUUGCGACACAAUCUACCACAAAUUUGCAAAUUUCACGACACAAUCUACUUGAAAGUACCAUAGUAUUGAAUAGAUCAAACCUGCAGACCCAGAAGUUAUGCGCCUUAUUAAACAAAAUAUAGAGCGUGAUGGCUCUGGUACCAUCACUCUUCUCCCAGAAGAACCAGAAGAUAUGGUCGGUACAUUCCUCAUGGUGGGAUUUAAACAUUCAUCCUAAUGCAUUACAGUGGCACGCGUAUAAUCUCAUAGCACCCACCGACAUCUUACGCGCCACCGCCAUCCGAAAGGUCUCUAAGGAAUCCAGUACUGGAAGCACAUCCACGACCCGCGUACACCUCACAUUAUCCAUUAGUGUAACAGCGAUAGAUUUUGAUCCGCAAGCCGGUCAAUUACACGUCAAAGGCCGCAUAUGCGAGGAAAAUAUGUGGGUCAAAGUAGGCGCAUUCCAUACUCUCGAUCUCGAACUGCAGCGAAAUUUCACAUUGGAGAAAUAUGAUGGAUGGGAUUCCGUCGCCCUAGAUGUUGUGAAGGAAGCGGUGCGGGAAGAUAAAGAAGGGGUGGUGCCUGCGGUCGUGAUGCAGGAGGGAAUGGCCAAUAUAUGUUUAAUCACCGAACACCAAACCAUCCUCAAGCAGAGAAUCGAAACAGGAAUACCGAAGAAGAGGAACGGGAUGGCGGGGGAUCACGAUAAUGGAAUCCGAAGAUUUUACCAAACAACACUCGAGACGCUACUAAGACAUGUAGAUAUCACUCAACCACGACCAUUACUACUUGCGAGUCCUGGGUUCGUGGCACAAGGUUUUCAGAAAUAUAUACUAGAUGAAGCAUCCAGGACGGGAAAUAAAGCGGUACUGGCCAAUAAAAAGAAUUUCGUGGUGGUGCACAGCAGUUCCGGUCAUCUUCACAGUCUAAACGAAAUCCUCAAAAGUCAAGAAGUGCUAGCCAAACUCAGCGAUACCAAAUAUGCCCGUGAAACCCGCUUCAUGGAUGAAUUUAUGACACUUCUCCGCAGAGAUGACGGAAGAGCCUGGUACGGUCCAGCCGAAGUAGAGAAGGCAGUUGAGAAGGGGGCAGUAGGACGAGGGGGCGGAGUUUUAUUGAUAAAUAAUGAGCUAUUUCGAAGCCAGGAGAUUCAAGUCAGAAAACGCUGGGUUAGGCUAGUUGAUAAGGUUAAGGAAGAAGGGGGAGAGGCGAGGAUUUUGAGCAGUGAUCAUGAGAGUGGAAAGAGACUGGCGGGAUUAGGAGGUAUUGCAGCGAUUUUAACGUAUCCAUUGGAGGAUUUGGAUGAGGAAAGUGAGGGUGAAGAGGAGGACGACAUUCCCGUGAAGGAGAUGCAGGGCGUGGCUAUUACAUAGAGGCAGGGAGGACAAAUGGAGGAUAAGGGGUUAUAUGUUAUAGAUAUGACCUCAUAAUCUGGUCUCGCAGCAAGAGAAUAAUGUGCAAUGUUACUUUACAUUUAGAACCAUCUGCUCCAAACGAUAUAUC